CAUUUUUGUACAUCUUGGGCUACACAGGGGAUAUUAUGACCAAAAUACCCUGCGCCUCUCCAUGAGCCUCACGCGCCUCUAUGCGCCUCAUGAGGGGUUUUUUGUCAUAAUAUCCCAUUUUAUAGCCCAAGAUGUACAAAAUAGGUGUACCAACAUUUUUCGCCAUAGAUACAGCCGGAUGUUAUCUUUCCUUUGGAAACACACUCACAUGACUGUCUCUCUGUGUCUGGGUGUUUGAGAGGGAGAAUUCCAUGACACAGUUGGCAGCUUUUCUGCUAUGGCAAUAAAUGCAGCCUUCUGCCAAAUGGUUGGUUUCUAUCCAUCGGGAAAUUCAUACAUGGGAUGCUUUCCUAACGUCAUAUAUGUAAUUGCCGUCAUCUUCCUCUUGAUUUCAAGUCCGACCACCGCCGCCAUUGAAGGAAGAACAGUGUCCAAGCUGCUGGUUGGCUCUCCUUCCAUGAAGGGGAUUGGGGCGGCAGGCAUGAGGAUGAGGAUGAUAGGGUCGAGGCCGCCGAGAUGCGGCCGGCGGUGCGAGGCGAUUCAAGUGCCGGUUGGCCCCCGGAUCAGAGCCGUUGCGUUUUGGAGAGGCGGGGCCUCCGACUACGUGCCCGUUUGCUGGAAGUGUAAAUGUGGGGACUUCAUUUUCAGUCCCUGACCCGACCCGACCCGGUGUAAUAUAACUAAAAGUCUACUCUGUUCAUUUCGUCUAUGAUAUGAUAAGAUGAUGAUUCGGGUUUCGUUAAUUCGGGCAUCAUAUUAUAUAGAAAAUUGGGGUUUUGAUUCA